CUCAGCGCCCACAAAACGCUGUAGUCUGCACGUUCACUGCCUGCCGCAAGCUUAACCGGGACUUUAGCAACUUCCAAGGCGUGGACUUUUUGGUGUUUCAACUGUGUAAAGCUGAGUCUUGCCGGGUAGUCAUUUACCAUGGACAGCGAUGACUCUGCCGAGCUCACGCCAGAGGAGGUCUUGCGCACCCUUGCUUCGGUUGCGGCAAGCGGAGCGCUCGCCGCAAGCACCGUCACGAGCUCGGACCCUGCGCCAAGGGCGGUGGAGCGGGCAAGCUCGAUGCGCAAGAGCAACGCCGGCGCCAACCAAUCCGCAGCUGCUGGCAGCGGCGAAGCCGCCGCCGCCGCCGCGGCAGGUGCCAAUGGGUCUGAAGCCGGCGACGCCGGCGGCGCAGGCACCACCAGCGGCGGCGGUGGGCGCCCGGCCGCCGCCGCUGCCGCCGCCGCCGCUGCUGACACGUCGGAUGGGCCUCAGCAGGACGCUGCGGAGCGGGAGGCGAUGAACGCGGCCAAGGAGCGGGGCAACAAGCUGUUCAGCUCACAGCUGUACGGCGAGGCUGCUGCCGCCUACACGGAGGCACUGCGCCUAGCCCGCCAGCCUCAGGACGUGGCCACACUGCUAAGCAACCGCAGCGCCGCAUAUGCCAGCCUGAGCCGCAGCUACCGCAGCCGCCCCGCCCGCCGCAGCGAGUGCGCCGCGCUGUUCGACCUGGACCCCACAUCACUGGCCCAGAUGGCUCUCAAGGACGCGGACCGGGCAGUGGCGUUGCGGCCGGACUGGGCCAAGGCCUACUCGCGACAGGGUGCUGCGCUGUUCCUGCUGGAGCGCUACCUGCAGUCGCGUGACGCCUACCUGGAGGGACUGGCGCUGGAGCCCACCAGCACACACCUGCAGGAGGGACUGCGCGAGGUGCAGGGGGUGCUGCUGGGAGACGGCGACGGCGACGGCACCGCCGCCGCCUCCGCCUCCCCACUCGGCACCUCCCCAGCAGCCGCCGCCGCCGCGCCCUCGCCCGCAGCGGCAGCAGCGGCAGCGGCAUCUGCUGCUGUUGCUGCUGCCGGCGGCGGCGCAGCUGCCACUGCCGCCGCCGCCGCCAGCGCCAAGCGGCAGCGGUCUCUGGGUGCGGGUGCGGGCCGUAGUGAGCUGGAGGACUGGGACUGCUGCUUGUGUGCCAAGCUGCUGUUCGAGCCGGUGACCACACCCUGCGGCCACACCUUCUGCAAGGAGUGCUUCGCACGCGCCAUCGACCACAAGCCGCGCUGCCCCUACUGCCGAGCGGUCCUGCACGUGGCUCGUGACGCGCUGCCUGUCACCAUCACCCUGGCCAACAUCAUCAGCCGCGCUUUCCCAGAGGAGUACCAGGAGCGCCGCCGCGAAGCCUCCGGCGGCGACGCUGACGCCGCGCUCAACCGCACCUCCGCCGGCGGCGCCGCCGCCACCUCGCCAGUCGGCUCCCCCGGCGGCGCCGCCGCCGGCGGCGCCGCCGCCUCUCAGGCGCCUCCAGCGGCUCAGCAGCUGACUCUGCCGCUGUUUGUGAUGUCGUUGAUGAUGCCGGGCGAGACCAUGGCGCUCAACAUAUUCGAGCCGCGCUACCGGCUGAUGGUGCGACGCGUGAUGGAGGGCAGCAGGCGGCUGGGCAUGGCGCAGUGGGAGUGGGGGUGAAGGUAAGUGUGUUUCUUG